AUGCUCGUCGGCGACCUCAUCCACUUCCGCGCUGCCCUCAGCAACGGCGUCUCCCACGACAUGAUCCUCUGCCCCUCCGCGGCCACAACCCCCGCCGCCUCCCGCCGCAACUCGACCGCCGCAAACUCCAUCGCCUCCCAGGAGGACAACAAGAAGCACAACAAGACCAAGAAGCGCCACUGGUGGUCCUCCUCCAAGUCCUCUUCCACACCGGCCGUCAAGGCUGCCAACUGCGGCGCCGGCAUGAAGCUGCCCAUGAACGUUGUCUAA